AUGACAACACCAACAACAUCAACAACGCCUAAUCGCGUCAAGACACGCUUCCUCAUCAUCUCAGAUACGCAUACUAGAACUCCUCUCGAUAACAUCGCAGAUGAUGAGGCUGCCUUCCGCCCGCCACUGCCCCCGGCAGAUGUGCUUCUUCACUGCGGCGACCUGACCAUGAUCGGUCAUCUGGACGAAUAUGAAAAGACUCUGGACAUGCUGGAAAGCAUAGAUGCGGGCUUGAAGCUUGUCAUAGCUGGAAAUCACGACAUUACUCUGGAUGAGGAGUAUUACGCCCGAAAAGGCGAAUACAUGCACAGAGGAGACAGAUACGACAAAGACCUACCCGCCAAAGCUCGAGAGAUGUGGAAGGGCGAGCGGGCGCGGAAAGCAGGUGUAACGUACCUGGAAGAAGGAACGCAUACAUUCCAGCUUCAAAACGGGGCCAACCUGAGGGUCUACGCGUCCCCCUACCAACCAGAAUUCUGCGACUACGCCUUCCCCUACUUCCGCAACGAAGACCGCUACAACCCUCCCCAUCAAUGCACACCAAACGCCAAACCCAUCGCCGAGAACCCCGUCCCAGACUUUCCCAACAUCGAUAUCAUGAUGACCCACGGACCGCCCAUGGGCGUCAUGGACGCGACAACAUCAGGACAGCACGUCGGCUGCGACCACCUACUGCGCGCUGCUCGACGCUGCAAACCCCGGCUUCAUUGCUUUGGGCAUAUACAUGAGGGAUGGGGCGCGCAGAAAGUGCGGUGGAACAACAAGGGGGGGCUGGAUGUCAGGAUUGAAGAGCAUAUCGAAGAUGUGGAGAGUGUGGAUGUUGAUCAGGAUGCGGCUAGGGAGAGGAGGGCGGCUACUGUUGAUAUCGGCGAGGGUAGCGAUACGGCGGUUGAGUUUGGGCGGGAGACUUUGAUGGUUAAUGCGAGUAUUAUGAGCGUGACGUAUAAGCCGUGGAACGCGCCUUGGCUUGUGGAUCUGGACCUCGAAAUGGCCAGUUGA